UUUGUCCGGGUUGGAGAUCACCGCUUCCGGUGCCAGGCCGAGGAAGAGCGGCCGACCGGUAUCGGCUGGAAGCUUCCCAAAGCGAUUCUACUAUGGCUGCUACUGUGAAUUUGGAACUUGACCCUGUGUUCUUGAAAGCUCUGGGCUUCUUGCAUUCAAAGAGCAAAGAUUCUGCUGAAAAGUUAAAAGCACUUCUUGAUGAAUCUUUGUCUAGGGGAAUUGAUGCAUGUUAUCGCCCACAACAAAAGGAAAUAGAUCAGCCCAAAGUAUCCAUUCCAAAACCAGUUUCUGUUAAGACCACUCCUAGCCUCCCUACAAGUAGCAAUAAUGGGAAACCCACUGUAGUUGAAAAGGUGAAAAAAGAAAUGGAAAAGAGAAUUGUGGAUAAGAUAAAAGUGGAAAUCAGUGAAGGAAUUGACAUUGCAAAAAAGCCAAGACUAGAAAAGCCAGAAGCUCAUGCUUCAUUAAUCACAGUGCAGACAAGCAAGGAUUUGGCUAUGGCAGACCUUUCUAGUUUUGAAGAAACCAGUGCUGAUGAUUUUGCAAUGGAGAUGGGUCUAGCUUGUGUAGUUUGCAGACAAAUAACAGUGACUUCUGGAAAUCCAUUAGUGGAGUGCCAGGAAUGUCAUAACCUCUAUCACCAAGACUGCCACAAACCUCAAGUGACAGACAAGGAAAUGAAUGAUCCACGGGUAGUGUGGUAUUGUGCCAGAUGUACCAGGCAAAUUAAAAAAAUGGCUCAGAAAACACAGAAGCCUUCCCAGAAGCCAGCUCCUGCUGUAGUGUCAGUAGCUCCAGCUGUGAAAGAUCCAUUAAUAAAGAAACCAGAAAUUAAGCUAAAAUUGGAGACUACACCAGCCUUCCUAGCAUUUAAGAGGGCAGAAGUUAAGACUUCGGCAACAAUUUCAGGGAACUCCACCACUGCCAGUGUUUCCUCCUCCUCAAACAGUGGCCUUACUGGAUGGGCAGCUUUUGCAGCAAAAACAUCUUCUGCAGGCCCGUCAACAGCUAAGAUGGGGUCUGCCACCCAGAGUACCGGUGGGAAGCCCGCCCCUGGCUCAAACAAUCAGAAACCCACUGGUUUGUCAGGGCUGGCCACAACCAAAGGGGUAGGGUCAAAAAUAAUAUCUGCCAGUAGCACAAGCUCUGGCCAGUUGAAGCCAUUACCACCUCUGACAUUGGGUAAAAUGGGUCUCUCUCGUUCUGUGAGCAGUGACAACGUAAGCAAAAUAGGCCUUCCUAAUGCAAGCAGUUCAACCCCAGGCAACAGCCCAACUAUUGGUGGAAAUGGCAGCAAUGUGGCAGCAGGGAGCAGCGGGAGCAGCAAUAGCAAAUCAAGUACAGAAUCGGGCAAUCAGUCCCCAUCGCUGAAAGGUCCAACUUCACAAGAAUCACAGCUCAAUGCUAUGAAGAGGUUACAGAUGGUCAAAAAGAAAGCAGCUCAGAAGAAGCUAAAAAAAUAAUAGGUCUAUUUUUUUAAAAAAUAGAUAAUGCUAUCAAUAGUUUAGUCUGCAAAGUGCAAACAUGUCGUUCAACUCUAGCCAAAUACAGUAAAAUCAAUGAUCUAUAAAUUACUGUUGUGUUUUCGUUUGUCACCUGUGUAUGUAUUCACAAGAAUUCAUAUAUGUGCUGUCUGCUUCAUCCUUGAUAUUUGCUGGCAAGACAAUGUCUUAUUUUACAAAGAAGUUACACAUCUUUCCAAAGAAUAUCUCACAUACUGUAUAUACAAUCUCUUAAUACCAAAAUCUUGUCUCCCUUUUCUUUUGUGCUCUAUAGAAGUCAAGUAAGCUGAUGUUUUCAAUCUGUUUGAAAAUUAAACUUUAACCAGCAUCUCCAA